AUGACAUUUACAUGGUCUCUCUCUUCCUACAGUUCUGUCUUUGGAGAGCUAAAAAAGUACCAGAAAGAUUUCUCCAGCCGGUGUGGAGAGUGUCAACGUGAGAAGAAAGAAAGGCAGCAGAAGGGAACCCUAAAAAUUGCUAAAACAAUGGAGCAAAAGGGAAAGAUGGUUGCGUCUUCUUCAGUUCCUCGGGAGAUUUUGUGGUCUUCACUUCCAAAGGGUGUUAUGUGCGAGAUACUAAAGCAAUUUCCUGUGAAAACCUUGCUGAAAUUGAGGUGUGUUUCCAAGGUCUGGUGCUCCAUCAUUGACGAUCCAGAUUUCAUACGGUUGCACCAUAAUCACUCCCACACUCGGCCUGAUGGUGUCAGCAUCCUUCUUAUGAUUAAAUGUAAUGAUAUGAAUUAUGGAAGCGAUUCUGGUGAUUAUUAUAAACUUUACUCUCAAGAUCCAGAAGGGGGUCCGAUCGUUCACCUUCUAAAAGUUCCCUCGGUGUUCGUUCGAAGUUAUGGCAAUUAUUAUGAUUUUCAACCUGACCAUGAAGACACUCUACAAUCCGUUAAUGGUUUAGUUUGUAUUCAAAACCGCAUAUGGAAUCCUAGUACAAGACAACGAAUACAUAUUCCAACAAGGAAAACUCAGGUUGAGGGAGAAGAUUAUCCACGCCGCGAAUUCAGAUUUUAUUCAAGGUACUUCCUAGGGUUCGAUCCUUUUUCCGACCAGUACAAAAUCCUUCAUAGACAUCUUAUUAUUAGUGCACAUAGUGCACAUGGUGGGGGUGUGGAAGAACGAGUUGAGUACCAAAUUUUGACCAUUGGUACAAACGUGUGGAGAGAGAUUGAUUACGUCCCCCAUGUACAGAUGGUUCCUAAUCAAAGAUCUUGUUGCAUUGCGGGAGUUAUAUAUUCUUUUGCACGUAUUUCGGAUGGGUCCGUAGUGAUACUAGCCUUUGAACUAAGGCAUGAGGAGUUCCGAAUCAUACCACUCCCACAACAAGAAUAUUAUGCUGAUUAUACUAUACUUGAUUUAGUACAACUGGGAGAGCGUUUGGGUCUAAUAAUAAUGAAUGGUGAUUAUGGUGAAGUGACCAGAAUCUCUACAUUAGAAGAUUACGAGAAGACUGUUUGGAAGACGGAAAAUAUCAUGUUACCAGAUUAUCUGAAGUAUAGUAUACCAAUUAGUGGAAGCAUUCAUACAGGUGAGAUUUUACUUGGUCACGAAUCACCUUUCUACUACAAUUUGGAAAGUAGAAGAUUCAGGCGGGUGGAUGGGUUUUCAAACUUACCCUGCAAUUAUGAUUUCUGCUUCUACACCAAACACGUGGAGAGCUUAUUUCAAUUGAAAAAGGUGUAA